ACUUUUGACGCUGACAAAUUGUGAAAUGUUGUCUGACGCCGAGAAAAGAAAGCAAAUUAGUGUUAGGGGGAUAGCUCAGUUGGAAAAUGUGUCUAAUCUUAAGGCCGGAUUCAAUAGGCAUCUUCACUUUGAUGGUGUGAAGGACAGGAACGUUGCUACAUCUCUUGACUUCUAUCAUGCACUGGCACGUACUGUUUGGGACCAUCUUUGUUCACGAUGGAUUCGAACUCAGCAGUUUUAUCACCGAGAAGAUCCUAAGCGUAUAUACUACUUGUCUCUGGAGUUCUAUAUGGGUCGCAGUUUGACUAAUACAAUGAUGAAUGUAAAUAUAUCGGCCGCAGUUGAUGAAGCUAUGUACCAGUUAGGUCUGGAUAUUGAAGAAUUGGAGGAGAUGGAAUCAGAUGCUGGUCUUGGUAAUGGUGGGUUGGGACGUCUAGCUGCUUGUUUCCUGGACUCCAUGGCAACAUUGGGACUAGCUGCCUAUGGAUACGGCAUCCGCUAUGACUAUGGAAUCUUUGAGCAGGUUAUUCGUGAUGGCUGGCAGGUUGAAGAGCCGGAUGACUGGUUGCGUUUUGGUAAUCCAUGGGAAAAAGGAAGACCAGAAUACUGUUAUCCAGUCAAUUUCUACGGACGUGUUGAGGACGCUGGAAAUGGACGUAAACGCUGGGUUGAUGCGCAUCCAGUUUUCGCUAUGCCAUAUGAUACUCCUAUCCCAGGAUACAGAAAUAACACUUGCAACACACUCCGACUUUGGUCUGCCAAGGCUCCAAAAAGUUUCGAUUUGGGUAUUUUCAAUAUGGGCGACUACAUUAACGCUGUAUGUGCACGUAAUCAUGCGGAAAAUAUUUCCCGUGUUCUUUAUCCAAAUGACAAUUUCUUCGUUGGGAAGGAACUACGUCUUCGUCAGGAAUACUUUUUAGUUGCAGCGACUUUGCAGGAUAUCAUUCGACGCUAUCGAAGUGGUGAUGCUCGUCAUCCGACAUUUGAUGAAUUUCCAAACAAAGUUGCUAUUCAGUUGAAUGAUACGCAUCCUUCACUGGCAAUACCCGAGUUAAUGCGUAUCCUAGUGGAUUUAGAAGGUCUAGAGUGGAAAAAGGCAUGGGAUAUUAGCUAUCGUACUUUUGCAUACACAAACCAUACAAUUCUACCCGAAGCACUGGAGCGUUGGCCUGUCACCCUACUAGAGCAUAUAUUACCACGUCAUUUGGAAAUUAUUUAUCAGAUUAAUGCUGAAUUCUUGGAUAUUGUACGUGCUAAAUAUCCAAAUGAUAACGAUCGUAUCCGCCGUAUGUCAUUGGUAGAAGAAGAAGGCGAAAAGCGCAUUAAUAUGGCUUACUUAUGUAUUGUUGGUUCGCAUACUGUGAAUGGUGUUGCUGCAAUUCAUUCACAUUUACUAAAAACUCAAACGUUCCGAGAUUUCGCAGAAUUAUGGCCUGAUAAAUUCCAGAACAAAACUAAUGGAAUUACACCUCGUCGUUGGCUUCUUUUGUGCAAUCCAAGCUUAUCAGAUUUAAUUAUGGAGAAUAUGAAUGGCAGUGAAUCAUGGAUUACUAAUUUGUCUGAGAUUGCUCAAUUAAAAUCACGCGUUAACGACUCUAGUCUUCUCCAACACUUGUUACGCAUUAAACGAGAAAAUAAGGCGAAAUUUGCUUCCUAUUUAGAGCAACAUUAUGGUGUAGUCGUUAAUCCUGCAUCAUUAUUUGACAUUCAGGUCAAAAGAAUUCAUGAGUAUAAACGUCAACUAUUAAAUUGUUUACAUGUUAUAACAUUGUAUAAUCGCAUUAAAGCCAACCCUGAAAUGCCAGUCUGUCCACGUACAGUUAUGAUUGGGGGUAAGGCUGCACCAGGUUACCAUAUGGCUAAACUUAUUAUUAAACUAAUCAAUAGUGUUGGUAAUGUUGUCAAUCGUGAUCCAGUUGUACGCGGUAGACUUAAACUAAUUUUCCUUGAAAAUUAUCGUGUCUCGAUGGCUGAGAAGAUAUUUCCUGCUGCUGAAUUAUCAGAGCAAAUUUCUACUGCUGGUACAGAAGCUUCUGGCACUGGGAAUAUGAAAUUUAUGGUAGGUUAAACAAAUUCGUUUUUGGAACUUUUCAACAUGUUUUGACACUAUGCAAAAGUAAUUGUUUCCUGAGAUCAUUGGAUGCAAGAAUAAAAUAUAAUUUUUAUUUGAUUCUCGAUGAGUAAAAUGAUUUGAAAACAGUACCUAAAGCACUGACAAAUUAUCAACAGUAGUAACAGUUGUAUUUCGGUAGAUUAAACAUAUUCAAUUAUCAGUUGAUGAACUCCAGGUUAAAGCGUAGCAAAGCGAAUUAAGAUGUGACUGACCAGGUAAUAUAUUUGACAGGAAAAACUGCUACUCUUGGAUUGCAGAAUGUUGUGAGCUUGCAGUUGCUGAACCCCAGAUCUAUUAUUACUAUUAUACUGGUCAUAUUUCAAUAAGCAGAAAUACGAGUUAUACACCUAACUGUAUGUAUUAAGUGGAAACUUUUCUGACUAUCCAACAGAACAGUUCCAGCUGUGCAUAGGUUUUUAUUAGUUUGUAGAAAAAAAUUGAAGCAACCACAUGUGAAAACCUAUUUCAUCAAGAAUUACAGGAUAUUUGAUUCAACAUAUUUUUAUAAAUUUUCCAAACUUGACUGCAACUUUUAAUUUGUUAGGUUGAAUUUCUAAUGUCUGAUAAAAAAAUACUGUCAUUAUUGCAGUGCUGUGUAUUGCACAGUUUUGUGAAAUGUAUUCAAAACUGAUUUGUCGAUGCCCAAGGAAACAAUAAAGGUGAGAAGUGUAGAAAGUGAAAAAGUGAAACAAGGUGGUAUAAGUAUAAAACUUGGGCACUGUGGUGGUAGAGUAUAACUCCAUUAUGGAUAAGAUUUUAUUUUGAUGAAAUCACACACAGUGUUGUACAGUUAUAUUAACUGAUGACGUUUCGAGCACAAAUUAUUGCUCAUAAUCAUAUCAAGGUGGAACAAACAGAAGAAAACGGAGUUGGUUUGAAUUAGAUAGAAAAGAGUGUGAGGUGCAAAAAAGAAAUUAAGUUUGAAUUUUGUAAGCUGCUUGGAAAAGUACGGAGGAAAAAUGGAAAGCUUCGGGUUUAAAGGGUGGAAGUACUGUAUACCUACCAUUAAUUUUUAAUCUGAAAGGAUAUAUAGGCUCGAAGAAUCAAAUACUUGCUACGCCUGUUGAAUCAGGCAAAAAAACAUCAAUACCCAUCAAUUGGGUGUCAUUUUGUGAUGAAGAAACUCUCUCUCAAAUGGCAUUCAUAAUCGAGUGAUAUUAUUAGGCAAUGGAAUUCUUGCUUAACGGAUAUUCGAAAUAUUUCCUUCUGUGUUGUCAAGAUUACCACAGAGUUACUACUUCAAGACUUUAUAUCCAAAAGUUCUUUUUUGUCAGGUAACAUAACAGUUAGUGUUUUAUUUUCCAUUCUGCUGCCUCAGCUUAAUGGUGCUAUGACCAUCGGUACUAUGGAUGGUGCAAAUGUGGAAAUGUGCGAAGAAAUGGGCCGAGAAAAUAUGUUUGUGUUUGGUUUGACUAUGGAACAAGUUGAUGCUUUGCAUAAAAAAGGUUAUCGACCACAAGAAUUUAUUGAUAGAGAACCAGAGCUAAAACAAUGCUUGGAACAAAUUCGUGAUGGUUACUUUUCCCCAGAAAAUCCAGACCAAUUUAAAGACAUAUACAAUAGUCUAGCGUUUGAUGAUCGUUUUCUCUUAUGCGCAGAUUAUGCUGACUAUCUACGUGCACAACAAGAAGUGGAAGAGGCCUACAAGGAUGAACAGAGGUGGUCGAGAAUGAUGCUGAUGAAUAUUGCAUCGUCUGGAAAGUUCUCUUCUGAUCGUACCAUACGUGAUUAUGCUCGUGAUAUAUGGGGUGUAGAACCUUCAGCAAUCAAAUUACCACCACCAUUUGAAACAGUUCAAGAAAAGAAAUAAAUCUGCAAAGUGUUUAAUUUCCAUCACUACAAUUAUUCCACUCUGUGUUUUCUUUUUUUUUUCUAUCCUUCCUUUUAACUCCGUCACUGUCGUUUUCACUAGUAAUCUAGUCAGUUGUGCGAAUAGCACACUUUGAGUGGAGGUUAUAAAAAUGGUCUCCCUUGCUUUAAACAUUAACCCAUUUAAUUCCCUUACCUUUCAUCAUUAUGAAUGCUUAGACAGUCAGUUUCUUGUUAAAAUAUAUUUCAAAAUGCCUUAUUAGUUCUAUGCUAAAAAGAUGAAGACAAUAUAAUUCCCUCUCCUUUUCAUUAAAAAAGAACCAAUAAAAUACAACAGGUCUAUCUAUAACAGUUUUAAUUAUUCUUUUCUUUUUUUUUUGGUGUCUUACUAAUUUGAAAUAUUGAUGAGUACCACCCGCACCCACCCACUGCCGACUUAGACUAUUGUAAUAGAAUCUUAAGCAAAAACUGUGCUGGGCGAAUUUUAUUGGCUAGGGAGAAAAAGAAGCGAAACUCAAGUAGCCUGUUGCAUGUGUCUCUGCAUAUUUCACAUACAUGACAUUACACUAUUAACCAAUUAUUAUAUUUUGAUUUAUUCCUAUGAUAUAUUACUGUUUAGCUUAACCUGUUCAAUCAUGCAUGAGUUGAUACACACAUAAAAAAAACAUUAAAAAAAUAUUAUUUUGAAUAUUAUUAUUAUUUUUUUUGAGAACAAAAAUAGUAGUAUUAUGACUGAUGAAUCAAAGAUUUACUUGACAGAAGGAAAUAUAAUGCGAUAGAAAUUUACCUGUUUUUACUUGUUUUUCUGAACACUUUAUCACCAUUAUUAUAUUUUAGUCUGCUCAUUUAUAUAGACAUAAAUGUAAUUUCUAAUAAUAUUAUUACUAUUUCUAUUCUUCAAUGGUAAAUUAAUUAUGCAAUG